AUGCCGAAUCAUGUCCACUUCUCCUUGCCUACGUGGCAGCGCGACGACGACGAGGGCACCGAGAGCCUGAUCCACAUCCCGCUCGCGGCCGACCGGCCGACACCCGUCUCGUCGUCCUUCAAGUCGUCGCCGCCCAUCGAGCCACACCCGAUGGUCGCGCACCGCUGGCGCAAGAUCCAGCGCAUCGUCAAGACGGUGCUGCUUGUUGUGGUCUUGGUCUGCGCCAGCGUCGGCCUCUACAUGCGCUUCGCCGGGCACCCGACUGCGGUCGUGAUGGACCCGGCACUCGACGAGGUGAAUCUGCCCAUCGACCGCGUCGGCGCCUUGUGGAAAGACGACUUUCAAUGCCUUGGCUGGCGCGCGGUCGCCGGGUGCGACCCAACCGGCAAGCGCCACCCGACCGCCGACCGUGGUUGUGACGAUGCAAUCACGCGCGACAUGGCCGGCUACUGCGAGGUGCGCAACCGCACGAGUGGCGAGAUCUACCGCGUCAUGGCCACGACGUGCCGGGGAAUCCACGAGCACGGCUCGUUUACGUGCAACAUGGCCAAGAACUUUACAGACUUUUCGAUUUUGGCGGCCACGUACAAGCACGUGCCGGCGCUGCAGGUGGCGGCGACGCCCAAGCCGUCGCGAGGCAUCGUCAUGUCCAUCUACCAAGAAGCGCUACCGAGCGUCUUUGCGAUCGUGCGCACGCUGCGACUGCUCAAGUGCAAGCUGCCGGUGGAGCUCUUUUACCGUCCGUCCGAAGUGAGCCUCUCCAACCCAAUCGUGACGGAGCUCAUCUCGCACUACAACUGCCGGCUCCGCGAGAUCCGCGACCCGCAAGCCGUGCGCUUCAAGACCAAGCCGUACGCGAUCUACCACAGCCAGUUUGACCACGUCCUCUUCCUCGACUCGGACAACAUUCCGGCGAAAGACCCGACGUACCUCUUCGAGUCGCGCGAGUUUGUAGAGCACGGUGCGGUCUUUUGGCCCGACUUUUGGCAGGCGCCGUACUCGCUCUUCAACGUCAACAAGCAGAGUCUCUUGUGGCAGCUGGUCGACAUGCCGUUCUGGGACACGUUUGAGCAAGAGAGCGGCCAGCUCCUCAUUGACCGCCGCCGGUCCGAAGACGCUCUGCACAAGCUCAUGUUUUACUCGGUCGGCGACAUUGCCGUAGGCGACAUGCUCGAGCAGCUCCAGCUCGUGUGGGGCGACAAGGACCUCUUCCGCCUCGCGUGGCGCAACACGUCGACGCCGUACUACUUUGUAAAGCAACCGCCGGGCCUCGGCGGCAUCUACGACGACAACUCGCGUUUCUUUUGCGGCGUCGCGAUGAUCCAGUACGACAUGCAGGGCGAGAUCCUCUUUGUGCACCGCAACACGGUGAAAAUGACGGGCAGUCCGAGCCAGAGCCAGCUGAUCACGCACCUCCAGCAGUUUACGUACCGCGACGGCAACACGCACAUGUACCAAGUCGCGCUCCGUGGCAACCGGCUCGGCAUGAAGAGCUGCUACUUUCUACCGGACGGUGUGCCCAGUGUCGUCGAAGGCCUCGAGAAGACGAGCAUUAGCAAGGUCGAAGAGACGGCGCUGCAGUAUGCGAUCGAGGCCGGCAAGCUCAUCGACUACGAAGACACCAAGUAUUGGGGCUCGACCAUGGAGUUCCUCGAGGUCCUCGCGCUCUACACGUUUUGCGCGUUCGCGCUCUGCUUCAUUCUCAACUUUGCCUUCUUCCGCUUCUACUACGUCGAGAAGAAGCUCUACUGGUUCGAUCGGUACUCGGGCAAGAAGCGCAAGUACUCGACGCCGAUCGUCUAG